AUGAGUAUAGCUACAGGUAUAUCACCCGGAACUGCGGGAGCCGGACUCGCAUCUCCAGCAGUUCUGGUCACUAGGCCUGUUUCUCGAGUAGCGGUGGAAUGGCUGCCGAUUGACAACCAAACAAUAUACAGACUAGGAAAAGGAGAAAGUCGAAGCCUUGAAUUAAACACCACUUCGAUUUCACAGUCAGUGGUAUUUUUCUCCAUUAGUCAGUGUUCGAGAGACUUCCACUGGGCUUUAUACCAUGGCAAGUCAACUAGCAGUAGUGGACAUCUAAUGUUGAGAAAAGAAAACAGUAGUGAAGACUUGAGUACAUUCUCGUUAAAUAUAUCACAACAAGACAAAUACGUUUUAGUGUUAUCAUCGAGUCAAGGAGGAGCAGCAGUAGUGAGUGUACGAGGAGAGGCGACCAGACAAGUGCGUAUGCGACUUCGAGUGCGAUCACGAAGAAGGCUUGCAGCUAACUGGGAACCUAGCCCAAUCGAUCCUCAAGCAACUACAUACUGCGUCGUUGCUUCUCACCUAAAGAAUUACACUUCUCUAUGCGCAGCUCAACACGAGCUAAAACUCAAGCGAAUGGAAAAUAAAUCCAACAAGUUAAGUCAGGAAUCUGACAGAUUGAAAGAAAGAAUCAAUGAUACCUUCCCGCAAUUUUCUCUAGAAGUAGACAACAAAAUAAAUGUUGAUGAAGGCACGUUUAACAUCUUCGAAGGGAAAAUGAACAAUGUUUUUAGAAGAAAAAAGUUUGGUCGAAGUACAAAGGUGACAGACGAAGAUCCUGUCAUCGCAUGUGUGGGUAGUAGGACUCAUCAUAUAAUUGAAAACUUGGAUCCGAGCGUAACAUAUUUUGUGAGCGUAUUCGGAGUAGCGAAUGACCGUCGUUCGGGAUCAUUAUUGGCUUCAGGAAGUGUGCGUCCAAGGACUUCUACGGCUAAGCGGCUUCGAGAAAAUUUGCCAAGCAAAGUGGACAUCAGAGGGAGAAACGUCUUUUAUUUUAAGGCGACUGUUGGAUCUGGUGGCGGUCUAUGGCUUACCAUUUCAUCAUGUGGCGGAGCUGUUGAUGUUGAAGUUCUGGUUAGGGGAAAAAGACUUCAUAUGGUCAGGAAUAUUGAUCCUCAUGCCAAAUUUUUCGUGUCGACUCCAAUACCAACUUCUUCGGUUCAAGAAACAAGUGACGAAGGGUCUAUUCAGUUCGAUUCGAGCUCUGAAGAAGCUAGGGUCAGAUACGUCAUCAAAGUCAUGCCGAGCAGACGGGACAGAGACAAUUCUGUUGCUAUUGAGCUAACAGCAUCGACCACUAGGUGGGGGGUGUCCGCACCAGAACUGUCUGAAGAUGGAUCUACGGUGAGGGAGCUAAGGCCAAGAAGGUCGUGCAAAUCUGUCGACGUGGCCUUUAUACCAGCCACACAUAAUGCCACAGAUGUAAUCAGAUACUGCAUCAUUGCACGAGAAAUUGUGAACGGAGGUAGUUAUUCCUGUUGGUUAGCAAAAAAAUCAACGCUAAAAGGGCAAUGCAUAGACAAUGUGACGAAAUCAGCGCGUGUAAUUAUGCAUAAAAUAGUUGGAUUAAAACCUGGAAGGAAGUAUGCUGUUCAAGUUGUAGCUGUAAAUAAAGGAAAUUCGGUUCCGUACAAUAUAUUAUAUGUUGAUACUAACGCCAGCUGUAAAGAGGAUAAGUAA